AUGGCGCUCCAGUCUCAUGCCUUUCUGCCUUCAUUGGCAGAAUCCGGAAAAGGAGAGUACCAAAUCUGCUCCGAGAGGCAACAUGGAUCCAGUUCUGACGACGGACACGACCAAGGAAACACAGACUACCUAUCACAGUGUUCUUCCACUCCUACAGAACUGGCUGAAAAUGAAACUGCCAAGAAUCUGCUCGCCCAUCUACGUGUCAAUGCAAUUGCUGACUACUACAAUGUCCAAAGCUUGACUGAAUAUGCAAACUCCAAGAUUCGGGCCAUCCUGGAAGAAGGUAAAGAUGCUAAGGUGUUCCCCCAGGUGAUUCAAGAACUGUCAGCUUCGAACAGAGACCUUGAUAUCUACUCAAUUAUCGCUUCAGCCGCGGUGGCACAUAUCGAAGAACUCUCGAGAGAAUACAGACACUUCAACGACGGCUAG